AGUCAAACUCUUCGCCUAGAUAGUUAUCCGCCUGUCCGACCCUUAGUCCGUAUGAUGGGCAACAGCUACGAGCAAGAACAGACUGUCCUCGAUAAAAAAUAUUCCCUAACAAAGUAAGGUUUUAAACUGGAGUUGCUUCUCUUUAAGUGAAGCAAUCGAAGGGACUAAUAUUGCAACGCAGAGCAAAGUAUCCAGAUCAGUGUCACCAGAAUGGUCCCAAACCCGGCAAUGAGCGCUCAAAACCAAUCAGGGGUCUAUCUACAAUACAAUAUGAGUGGUCAUCCCAUUGUUGAUGCGCCAACAGUUAUUAGCAAGGCGGUCAGCGGCACGAUUCUUGUGGUAUUCGCAUUGGUUGGUAUUCCAGGGAACCUUAUAACUCUCCUCGUGUACGUAACACGUGGUCAACGACACAGAUUUCGCAUGAAGAGCUCCACCCUGCGUAUCCUUGGCAACCUCACGGCAGCGGACCUGAUUGGCUCCUGUGCAAAUAUCCCAGUGUGCUUUGCGCUAUUCUUGUUCUCCUCUAAUCAGAAUGUUACGCAAUUGCUGUCUAAAGUGCACAUGCUAAUAACGACCCCUGCACUUUUCAUAAACUGUGUGUGUCUUGUUCUACUAAGUCUUGAUCGUCACGACUCGCUUCUAAGAGCCAAUCAGCAUCGAUUGCGCAGUCGCAAAAUGCGCUUUGUGUUCGCUUUCCUAUGGAUUGCGGCGCUGGUCAUUGGAGUUGUUGGGUUUAAUUCCUUCCAGGGUUUCAUCGUGUGGAGGCCUGAAUCAUACCUGUGGGAUUCCCCUAACUCUUUGCUCCUAUUUGUCGGAGUCAUAGCGGCCAUAUCAGUCAUGAUUUCCCACGUUAAGAUAAAAAGGUCAUUCAAGAUGAAUCAACGAGUGAGCCCGGAGUUUUCAGGGGCCAGCAGGCUUCACGACGCGCGCAAGCUUGCGGAACUCAGGGUCACGAGAGUCAUGGUGCUGAUCACUGUAGUGCUUCUCCUAACAUACCUUCCUUGGGCGGCAUGUCGGUUUUUGUUUUUAGCCAAACGUCGGCGUUUCCAUAGCGAUGUCUACGUCAUAUGCCGCGUGAUGUUGUUAACAAGUCACGUGAUACACCCUUUGUUGUUCUGGAGUGUGAGCUCCGAGUUUCGUCGAGUGACAAAGGUACUCUUGUGCCAGUGCAAUAGAGAAAACCGCUGACAAAAGAGAGUUCACAUUUGCCUCCAUGCAUUGCUAUUGUUGGCACAUGCUAUAAUCUAUUGUUGGCACAUCUACGCUCGGUUGACCACAAGACGAAGGAAAUGCUGGGGCACUGCUUCGCAGCAUGCCACAUUGUUGUAAAGCAGCGCUUGGAUAACGGUAGAAAUACUGGCGCUGUUUGAAAAUGCACCGCUUCUUUUUUACUUUUAAGUUUGAGCUUCUUUGAAAGUGGUGGUAACAUAAACGCACAUCUGAGGAAAUAGGAAUAGUGACAGGGUUUGGACUCCUCUUAAUACGCCUCUCUUAGAAUACAUUUUCUAUGUCAUAGAGAUUGCUCGAUAUUGUAUGAAAAUUUACAAAAUAAGUAGUGUUUAUACCGCGAGAUCCAGAGCCAUUGCUUUUAUCACGUAAAGCCAGUUCAACCUCAGAAUAUCAACCAGCGUAUGGAUUGGCACUAACCGUAAUAGCCGUUUCUUCUGAUUUAACUGGUUGCUUUUUUAAAUAAACAUUUAUUGGCAUUGUUAACCGAUCUUGGAUAACACUUUAUAUAUUGGCAAUAAAAAGGAAUUCACUAAAACGCACACACGAUUUCCAUUUCAAAUUGUUGAUAAAGGCAAUGUUUCAAAUAUAAACUCCCUACAAUGAGCAGUGGUGUACCCUGUAAGAUGCCGGGUCAAACAGUGAUAAUGACCUAAUUUAAUAAAUGACAACACUUCUUCUG